AUGACUCAGGAAAACCAAGAGGAAGGCAGCUUGAAUCAGCUUGGGGGAAGGUUUCUGAAUGGCCGUCCUCUGCCUGCACAUAAAAGGAAGCUGAUGAUAGAGCUGGCAUCAGAAGGUGUGCGUCCAUGUGACAUAUCUAGGAUUCUCAAGGUGUCAAGUGGAUGCGUCAGCAAGAUCUUACGUUGGUAUCGAUGCACUGGCCUUUGGGUCCCCAAAGCCACAGGAGGCAGCAGACCAAGGCUCCUAACACCUGAUGUAGUCUCUACUAUAGCAGAGUACAAGCGUACCAGUCCGACACUUCCUGCAUGGGAGAUCCGCAAGAAGCUCUCAUUAGAGCAAGUGUGCCAUGCUGACAAAGUUCCUAGUGUGUCUUCUAUUAACCGCAUUCUAAAGAAGAUUCAGCAUGACUCGAACAUGGAAAAACGCACAUAUGAAGGUUAA